AUAUUUAUUCAGCUUGAAUACACCAGCUAAACAUGGUACCUAAGAUCAUUCUACGCCCUUUGCGUGACAUUUACAAAUGCAGAAACCGUUGUGUUAUAAAAUAUGACGACGACUAGGCUCCCAUAGAUGGGAGUGCCCUUGGAAGGUAUUUAUUUGGUAGUAAGAUCAGAUUGCUAUGACGUGAUCAAGAAAAUGAUUGGGGGGAAAUAGGGAUCAAGACUGGGUUACAUGUCAGGUAAAAAAAAACUAAUAACAAGAAACACAGAGAAGAAAUAAAAGAAAACGCGAAAAGUGGAAUUAUUGACAAGAAGACAUACCUCGUUCCAGGUUUGUUGUGCGUAUACGCAGAAAAUCGCAUUUCAACCCUGACCGCAAGAGACGCCUCUUAGGUUAAUUUAAACAGGACAUUUUUAAAGAAUUUGAACGCUCGAAACGAACAUAACUUAGUUUCCUGACAUCCAUAAAGACUGGUUUUUAGGAGCUGUACAUUCUAUGCAGUGAGAGCACUUCUUCAGAAAACUGGUGAAAAUUCUUUUUUUCAUCGUUAUCUCUUUCUUAUCUGUUUUUUCCCCUUGUUUUUUAAGGAGCUUUUUUCUUGUAACCGUUUUUCGUCCAUUGUCAUGCUGUCAAUAAGUGAAACACGAUCUCCGCUUAUCAUGUGUUAGGGAAGCAAAGGGUUAAGAAUCCCCAGCAGGCAAACGCUGGAAAAUAAAUCAUAACCAUUUGAGUAAAUGAAUGACAUCUUUGUUUUCUAAAGUCCGUCACAGCUUUGGGGCGACGCUACACUGGGCAGAAUUGAAACAGAACCGAUUUCCACGGGAUAAAUUGGUACAGAUCUUCAUUGUUAUCUCGAGAGCGCUGUGCCGAGGAUUAGACAGGAAAUUAUCGAGGCUAUGAAUUCCCUAAUAAUUGUGUUUGUCGUCGUCGUUUUCUGUGGCAUAGGCCUGAGUCAGGUUAUAACAUCAUGUCCAAAGCAGUGCUUCUGCGAGGAACAAUUUUUUCCCGAAACGCAAGGCUAUGGAGUGAAAGUGAACUGCUCAGGGAGAAGACUGAAGAAGUUUCCUCGGCCCCUUCCACAUGUCACUACGACAUUGCUACUACAGAACAACAGAAUAUCCAAGCUGGAAGGAUGGCACUUCUCCGGAAUGAUCUAUCUAAGGAUCUUGCAUCUCGAAGGGAAUCGAAUAAAAAAGAUUGCAACAACUUCCUUGGGAUAUCUUCCUUCUCUUCAAACUUUGUAUUUGCAGAACAAUCGUAUCGAAGAACUGGCCUUCGGAGCAUUCAGAAAUUGUUCAAGACUUCAAACUUUGAAUCUUGCUAAGAACAAGCUUACUACCCUUCAGUAUGCUGCGUUUGAUGGACUGAAUCAACUGGAUGCAUUGGAUCUGAGUGCAAAUUUGAUCGGUUCUAUAGAAGAUGGGGCAUUUCUUGGUCUACAUCGUCUUAGAUCAUUGUCCCUAAGCCAAAACCAGAUUACAAAGAUUGGAGCGUACCUCUUUGCUGAUGUCUACUCUCUUACUUCACUAUACCUUUUUAGAAAUCAGAUUUCAGUCAUUGAAAAUGGUGCCUUUUCACGACUGCUGUAUCUCAAAAUUCUGUCACUUUUUGACAACAAGAUUUCCGCAAUUCUUCAGAAAACUAUUGUUGGACUUGAGAACCUCGAGGAACUCUAUCUACAACGAAACCGAAUCUCUAAAAUUGAGCCAUGGUCUUUCUCAGCCACCAAGAAAUUACGAUUAUUGUAUCUGUACUCCAAUCUCCUCUCCGUUAUUCCUGACAACAUGUUUGAGGAUCUGAGACAUCUGAGUGUCCUCCACCUUGGUAUCAACACCAUCUCCUACGUCGCAGACGAAGCAUUCCGCCAUCUUGGACGUCUGAACGUGUUAAAUCUCGAUGCAAAUCGUCUCACUCUUCUUAAUCACAAGACAUUUUAUGGCCUUUCAAAUCUCAAAGAUAUACAUCUUUACUUCAACAAUAUUUCGUAUGUCGGUAAAGGAACAUUCGAUCAUUUCAAGAGAAUAACAAGACUGUUGUGGGAUGUCCCAGAGGCUUACCGCGUGUCUCUGAAACCCAGUGCGGCUAAGACGAGAGGGAGUGGUCUCCACUGUGAUUGCAACGCACGUUGGUUGAAGGCCUGGUUACUUGAAAGAAAAUUAGAUGACAUUACGUGUGCCACUCCCGCCCACUUGACGGGGGCCACGGUGACAAAACUGAGGGAUAGCGACUUCGUAUGCGGUACUUUCAAAGUUGCAGUGUACCCGAAGCAAAUCCUCGCCAUUCUCGGACAAAAUGUUGAAAUUCAUUGCCAUGCAAAUAUGGGCGCCACAUAUCACUGGAUGUUGAGGGGUGUUAAACUGGAAGCUGAUCAGUAUCGUGUCCCUAACCCCCUCGGUCUACUGACGGUCUACGGCUUGGCCGAGGAGGACUUGGGGGAGUACGUCUGCGUUGCUCAGAACGAGGCUGGAUUAGGAGCCAGUUACGCUACGGUUAUCAAUGGAGUUCGUCCCCAGUUUACCGUGUAUCCGUCAGCAGUUGACGCCACGGAGCCGCUAAAACCAGUGGUGCUAAAAUGCCGAGCGAAGGGAACACCAACACCUGAAAUCAAUUGGUACAAAGAUGGUUUGUUGAUUAAGGGUAGCCCUGAGGAGUCAGGCUUCCAAGUUACCUUGGAAGGCUCCCUGGUGCUCGUGGGAAAGAGGUUCCACAUCACGAGGGAGGGGUCUCUUAUAAUAUUUGAUCCUCGCAUGGAGGACGAGGGGAAAUUCACAUGUGCCGCUGAGAACAAGUUGGGGAAAAUAUCUUAUGAUGUCAGCCUUUACGUUGAAACAAAUAGUAAGUGCGCUCGUGGUUGUAGGGGUGGAGGAGUUUGUACCGCAGUGAAGUAUGACUGUAUAUGUACUCAAGGAUCUCACAAAGAAGGAGACAAAUGUGUUCAAGAUAAAAAGGUCAAGAAUGAGAAAACAAUCGAAGCAGGUUCCGGUUCGGGAUCAGGACCUGACGGAGAAUCUGGCUCGGGGGAGGCGGAAUCAGAAGUUGGAUCUGGAUCGGGCGAUGUGUCACCUACCAAGCCAACUUCUCACAAAACAGACGGGCCGGGAAUUGAUCAGGAGACUGGAAGCGGAAGUGGGGAGGGUGAAAGGUCAUCUUCAGCCUCCAGGGGAGCUGGGGUAGAUCAAGAGGAGUCUGGUGACCUUACAUCGUCGACUCCCUCAACUGAGGCUGGUAGCGGAAGCGGCGAUGGAAAUGCUGGAGGAGAAAGUGAAGAUGGAAGUUUGGAGACCUGGAUCCCAGUGGAAGAGAGAUCCCGUUCAUCCGAGGCGAAGCCAAUGAAUCCUUUAAAAGCUCCACCAUUGUGAGAACAUUCCAAAUGUCUCCUUUUUUCAGCGGCGGUUAUGUUAGAGACUAACAAAAUAAGCCAGUUAUGGUAUUGAGUUUAGCCAGACAGCCUAAAAAUCAUAUUGUAAACCUAAUGCCAGCUUUAUCAACUGAGUUGUUGUACCUUCACAAUUGUCACUGACUCGUCUAAAAUGGGUGUUAUGCUAAUAUCAAUAAAAACACUCUUACCAAAAUAAAUACAGUGAUACUCAUGAAGGUA